AACUCGCGCGAAUUUGUAACAGGUUCGAAACUUAGCAACAUCAACUCUUUGUUUGGAUUAUCAGGUUGCUUCAAUCUCGCUUUUGUGUUACUUUUGGUCGUCUUCAGUUGCUUUCUUUGUCAAAAAUAAGCCCUACCUACUUUUUCUUACACUAGGUUCCUUUGUUCUAGACGUAAACUCACCAAAUUAGUAUGAAAAUUUUUAUUUGGGUUCGGAGUAUUAUUUCAGGUUAACUGACACUAACCAGAAUGCUGUUUAAAUGUAUGACUGAGUUUUGCUCUCAAGUUCAAUACAGUGGAACUACUUAAAAUACAGAGGGAAGCUGCUUGUGCAAUUCUAGAACCUCGUUGUUUACCAGUGACAGCGUCGGACCUUUAUACUUUUUCCUACCGCGGAUUAAGGAGUACUCUGGUUUUGUUCUACAGAAUACUUAAAAAUGACUACGGACAUGACACAUUUUUUCCUCCACCAUAUCAGGAUAAUUCAAAAAAUAGGCAUGUAUGAAAGGCGGUGUCAAACGAAAUGCUCGUGUCAUGCAGGUUUCACACCAAGUCAUCAAUCCUUGGAGCCGCAUUUUCUUUUGUCCAUCUCCCCAAAAUAUGAAUUUCCAAAAUUCAAAAUGGAGUGGGAUAGCGAAAGUGCGCUACAGGGGUUUUUAAUAACGAUGAUCGUCUGCAUAGUAUCCAGUGUACUUUAUUUUAUGUUCAGGAAUACUUUGUUCCCUCACCGUAUUUCUGUCCAUCACGAUUCAGAAAACUUAGCCCGCAGGAGGAAAAAAAAUGAUGCAAAAAAGUCCAAGAAAGUUAAAAAACGGAAAGUGUUAGUUGAUUCUCAACAAACUGAAGAAAUAGAAACGGACAAAACUCAAACGUCAGACGACACAACUGGUGAAGAGGAUGAACAUCUAUCAGAUGUGCUUGACGAUUAUUCAUCAAGUAGCAGUGAGCAGUCAGUUGAAAGACCUAUCCAGCCAGUGAUAUAUGACGAAAACUGUUGUAAGGGAGAUUCAGAAGUCAUUGAUACUUCUACUCACAAGACCGAACAAUCUUAUGUCGAAGGUCCCAGUUUAGAUUUUUCACAAGCUACGUUAUGCAGAAAUCAGAGUGAGGAUUCAGAUUCGAUUAUUUCUCCAGGUUCUUCAGAACGUAGUCCAACCACAGAUAUUCUAUCUCCAGUAAAUGAUUCGAAAGUCCCUCUCACUAAGUCCAAAAAGUCAAAGCGUCGUUCAGGCAAGCGGUCGGUUAGGUAUGCGGAUUUGUCUAAAGAAGCUAUAUUUGUUGAGCCUGCCAACAUGGAAAAUUCUUCAGAAUCAUUAGAAAUAUCAAGGACUGACUGUGUUAAACCAUAUAAAAUGGGUGGAAAACAGGAAUCAUCAAAUGACUCUACAUCAACAUUGGAGUUGCGUACGACAAUCAAAGAAUUAGAAGGACAAUUAAAGAUUAGUGAAACCAAGCUGGCAGAAACCUCCCAGUGGGCGAAUUCUUUAGUUGAAGAAAACAAGCAUUUUCGUACGAAGAAAGACGAAUCUUCUCUAAGUUUACAUGUACUGCAAAUGCAAUAUAAUGAACUCCUAAGAACGAAUAAAACACUCGAACACCAGAAGAACUUGCUGAAUGUGAAGUUAAAAAAUACUGAAACUGAAAACUGUGAUCUGCAAAAACGUUUAGACCAGACAAAUGCAGAUACUUUAAAGGUAAAAAAGGAAGCUGAAUUGGAAUUGUGUAAUUUGCGAGAACAGUUAACAAAACACGAAACUCAAUUGACUGCAAUGGCCAAAGCAAUGGCUGCUUCUACUCCAUCGAUUCCUACUGGUCCUAUACCAGAACUUAUUCGUGCUCAGGAAUUAGCGCAAGCAAUGUCCAAUGAUAACUGUUUAUUAAAAUCACGUAUUGAGCAAUUGGAUUCAGAAUUAACCCAAUUGCGCCAAACAAAUAUGAGGCAACAACAAGAUUUACAGGUUUUCCGGGCUGAAAAUCAUAAAUUACAUUCAGAAAAAGAAACAGCUCUGGAAGAAUUACGUAUUAAACGACAAGCAGAACAAGUAGAAAAUGAUACUGUACAUAUGGAGUUAAAACGUCUGUGUCAUGAACUAGAAUUAGAGAAACAGAAAAAUCAGGAGUUGUCUAUUUCUCUAUCUGAGGUGAGAGCUGAACUAUCACGAAGUUUACAGAAAGAAAAACGUCAAUCUGAAAUUAUUAGCAGUCUUGAAUAUCAGUUUGCUAAAAGGAUUAUUUGGUAUAUCAUUACGUAUAGCAUGUUUGAGUAAUCUUGAACUACAGAUACAUCACGUGUCACAUUGAAAAAGUCAGUAAAUCAUAACAUGAGUUGAAAAUAAUAAUUACUAGUUCUGUUAUGAAAUACCAAACAGUAAAAUAUCAUUGAUUGGAUAAAAGUCUUUAAAAGUAUUUCAAGUUAUCAGUAAAGUAAUGAGAUUGUGUGUGUCAUUUUCAAAACUGUAAAUUAUGUUGUUAAAGACAUCAAACACUAAUAAUUAUGGAUGAAUAAUGAUACUCUCUUUACUACACUUUUAGAUUUGUAAAAAAGAUAUAUAGAUUAAAUAAAAAAAUAUUCGAGUUGAAAGCAAGCGCUGGCUGCGGCCAAUGUACCUUGCUCCACAAGAGCAGGUGAACUGGUAGAUACAUAUGGAGGUGAUCAGACGCGGAAGCUUAUGUUUUAUGGAUACAGAAAAUAAGUUUCUACUAGUGAAGGUUAUUCGCAGUUUUGCCGCGUUAAAUGUUCUUCGAAGGGAUCUGUUUUCAACGAAUUUAUUAUCAAGCUGUACAAUCGUAUAUAUAUGAAAAUUUUGUUUUUGUAAAAGUACUAAUUCCGUGUGGAAAUGUGAACACAGUUAGUAAAAAAGGUUAUAAUACUAGAUUACGUAAUAUGAAUAAUAACAAUAACAAUAGAUUUAGUGAAUAUAAUAAAAUGAUUAAAAUGUUUUUGUCAUAAUAAUUAAUAGGUCAUAGAGGUGUAAAAAAUAAAUAAGGUGAUAUGAUGAGCAUUUACGAAUAAACCAAUGAGAAUAUUAAGACAUAAGUAAAGAGAUCCCUUCGAAGAACAUUUAACGCGGCAAAAGUGCGAAUAACCUUCACUAGUAUAAACUUAUUUUCUGUAUCCAUAAAAAAAAUAUUCACAUAUGUUUACUUGAGUUUAAAAAUUCUUUGUCUUUGUGACAUAAAAUAGUAUAACUCAUCCCAACUUAUCCAGUAAUUUAAACAGGUUUCGGACUAUAGGUUUAACUAUUGCCAUAACUGAUUACAUUGUCUAUAUGUUCUCAUUAUCUUUGUCAUCCUGACUACUUAUAGCUUCCUAGUGUUUUUAGUUUCUUGCUUUGGUACAGUAGGAUUAUUCAAACAGUACAAGCUUGUUUUAUAAUAAAUGAAUAACCCCACAAAUCUUAUGAUCUACCUCAGUAUUACUCACCUCAACAAUUGUCAGCUUUCGUUAGACCCUAAACAGUUUUACUCUGCUUGAAUACAUUUCUAUUUACCUCAGUGUUUUUAUAUCCUUGUCUAAUUAGGAAUUGAAUGUACAAAAACAAUGCCUACUUGAUAAUGCUAAUCAAUCGAAAUUAGCUUAUGAAACAGCUUCUAGUGAAUUAAGAGCACAAGUGGUAAAUUUAUCCAAUGAUUUAAUACGUGUUACUACUGAAUUAAAUAAUACUGAACAAAAAGUUUAUGAAUUAACAUACCAACUAGAAUCUACAACAAAAUCAUCCAGUAAUAAUAAUGAUUUAAAUGGUGAACCAAUCAUAAUUAAUAUUAAAUCAGACGAAACAUGCAUUAAUAAACAAGAUGAAGAACAUGAAAACGAAUUAUUACAUAUUAGUAAUAAUCAUAUUUAUGAAGAUUUACGUAAUCGAUUAUCCGAAGUUGAAACUAAUUUCAAUGUUGCUGAAAAAGAACGUGCCAAAUUUUACAAUCUUUAUCAAUCUGCAUUAAAUGAAGUGGAUCAUUACAAGGUAAAAAGUUCCAUUGUUUCGUUUAUCUUACAUAGUAUUCGUUGAAUGAUGAGGCAAUUUACAUGUUAAAUAUAAACAAAAGACUUUGAAUCUUUGAGUGAAUUAGAAAAUUUCUCACUCCUCCUCAGUGGUCUAAAGGUUAAGCGUUUGCUCACGAGAUCGACCGUCCUGGGUUCGAGUCCUGUGUGCGGGGUUGUGGAUGUGCACUGCUGAAGAGUCUCGUACUAGGAAGAAACGACCUCCCAGUGCUUCCAGGCUUUCAAUGGUAGUCUAACUUAGAUCAGUCCGUGAUUUUAAUGAAAUUCAACAAUCUCCACAACCUCAUACUGACAAGUAAAAUAAAUUAGUUCGCUUGAGUAAUUCUUUUCAAGGUUCUUUAAUCGAACUUUGAAAAGCAUUUUAUCGAACAUUUUGUAAGUUGUCACUUAUUCAACCAUGUUUAUAUAUUGAUUAUGUUUUUAAUGUGAUUACAAGUCAUAUGUUAACAUGCGUAUUAUAUUUGAGUAAGAAUAUACACGACAGUAAAGUGGAUAUAUUCAUCUCAGUCAUCAUGUAUGUUGCUCGUCUGUGUUCAUCAAACUAAAUGGAGCUGGACCAGCGUUGAUUUGUUUUUGAAGUACUAUCAUCUGUAAACCUCUUGAGCUGAAUAAUUGUUUUCAAGUCUGUAUUGCAAAUUGUGGCAAGUAUAGUUGAAAAAGCCAUCCAAAAUAGUAAUUUCCUUCAGUCUGUUAUUUUUGAAAAUGUUAAUUCAUGUUUUAUAAGUUACUUUCAAGAUAUAUAAUUUCUUGAGGCUAUCGUUAAGGAUGGCUUCCUCAAUUCCCUGUCUGGAUUACCAACGUCAUCCUCAGUAGGUAUGUGUAUCAUCUCUAAGCUCUUAGUAAUCAGUUGAUCUUCGAUAGAGUGGGAGAUUGACCUGAUCUCCGUCUAGCCUCUUGCCUUGGCUCAUGAGACUAGAUCCCACUAUCUAGGAGGCACGACUUGGAUGUACGAGUCGGACUCCACCUUUAUGUAGUAAUAACAAUUACACUGUUUUCAUUCAGAUUUACAUUCUAAAUUUACUUAAUUUUUUGAAAACUUCACACUAAUAUUGGGCUAACGCACAUUUACACCAAUCUCUACAUCGGUUAUGACUGACUGACAUUGGUUUGCAUUUAGUUAUCACUUCUAAUCCAUUAUAAAUAACCUAUUAUUACACAGUUGUCUUGUUGAAUAUACCAUCUUUUUAAUUACCAACUCAUUUACCUGGAACAAGUUCGUGUACUUGGCUUCAUAGCCAGUGGGACUACCUGGCUAUCCUAACUGAAGUAGAUGGAGCGGGAUUCAUGUCACUGAAUUUGUCGCCUAGGAUUUAACUCGGGACCUCACUCAUACGAAGCAAGCAGUCUUACCACUCUAGUCUCUAACUAGAUUAAUGUUUCAGUUAAUUGUAUUAUGUUCUUCUUGACUAAAACAGCUUCCCAAAUUGGUGGUCUGAUUGAUAUAUACGGACUAAAAUGUAUCUUGGAUUUCUCAUCAUUAGCAACUUUCGAAUUUACGAAUUCGUAACAUAGGACAGGUGUUUUUUUUCAUUUCUAACUUGUUUCAUAUUCUUAUUGACUUUUAGUCAACUUUAAUACAAACCGAAGAAGUUUUAGCGAAACUAGAAGAGUCUGUUAAACAGACAGAAAGUAAAUGGCGUCAACUUUUAUCAGAAAGUGAAUUCGAACAGAUUCAACUUCGUAAACAGUUAUCAGAAUCUCAAUCAAUGUUGAAAGAUAUCACAGGAAAACUGAAUCAAGCCGAUGAAGGAGUACCUGCACUAAAGAUUUGUAAUGUUGGAAAGAGGCAAAAAAAGUCAAAAACACGUAAACCGGUAAGUUCAUCAUUAUUUUAGUAGUAAUAAUAUUAAUCUUGGUUACAUACAUUUUCUUUUUACCCCAACUUGUCGUACACAAAACCUGUAUGUCUUAGACCAUUUUGAAACUCAAUUUUACUGUGUAUCAAUGUUUCCAAUUAAUAAAGGUAAAUGGUACGACUCGAUUAUCAGUCCUAACUACUGGCUAACAUUGUACUAUAGAACUGCCUGGUAUCAUAUUAUCACUACUAUCAACUCAUUACCAUAUAUAAAUCCAUGUGCUUUCUGUAAACCAGACUCUAAAUAUGAAGGUUAUUGAUAUAGACUAUUCGAUUUCCGAAACCGAAAUAGGGGAACGGAGUUCAAACCUGUCACUUAGUGGCUAGAAUUUCGAACAAAACCAUGAAGCUACCAUUCUACUUGAAUCGAAAUAAUUCCGGAACUGUAAGGAAUCUUUUUAGUUUCAUAGCACCAAAUAAUAAUAUGAUUGCUGACUGUUACUAUUAUUAUAAUUAUCUCACAAAUAAACCUUUGUUACCACUUGCAAAUUCGUUACUAUUUUCGCCCUCAACAUCUAUUAACGUAUCAUAGUCCAUUAAUUGAUAAAUUCUUUACUUUUUAACUCAUUAAUCCCCACAUUCUUUUUGAAUAAACUUAAAUUUCUAUCAAAGUAAAAAAAACUUCAUCUAAUUACCAAGAUUUUGUAAGAGCAGCGAAUUAGCGUAUAAUUCCCAUGAAACAUCUCAAUAAUAAAAAUUACCUUAGAGCAAUUCGCAAACGCUUUAUUAAUUUUUGAUCACUUUACACUUGUUCUGUGCAUACCGGUUAAGGCGUCUGAUUCGAACAUCACUCCACCUAUUUCAGUUUGAGAAACCGAAGUAUCUGGUUAAUAAUUCAAUCGAUUCAUUUGUUGUUUUUUUAUCUAUGCUUUUCGAUCUCACUUCCCUAUUUCAUCUCCAUUUUGUUUUUCUAGGCAGACUCAUCUAAUGUGUUUACAGUAGUUGGAUUAAAUACAGAAAAAACUUUAGAGAAUAUUCAUCCUAUCGAACAGAGAAUAUAAAUAUUUAUGAUUAAAAAAGCAUUUUUAAUAACUAGUUGAGCAUGUCAAACUCCAUGAUUUCAUUACAUUUACAUAUUUGCAUACUUUCUGUUAUUAUAUUAAUAUUAUCCGUGUAGAUUCAUUCUGCAUAUACUUAUAUUGAUAUGCUUGAAGGCGGUUGUGUGUUCAUGUAGCUCUUUGCAUUGUUUCGCUUUUUUGCUUCCUUUCUUACUUACUAUUUUGAACACUAUUUUUUGUUUUCUCUCUCUCGCGUCACUUUCAUGUGUUAUUGAACUUUAUCAGGUCAGUAUUAUUUAUUUUAACGUUUUGUUUUCAUGAAUAAAAUCAUUACAC